AUGAAGGCAUCUUGGUCCAGUAUGCUGCGCGUUUCUGUGCCGUUUCUGCUUUCUUUAUGCUUCGUGUUUCUGGGAGAUUAUGCGGGUGCGGCCACAGCGACCCCGAUCGCUGAAGGAGAUAGAAGUGGUGAGGAUCAGAUAGUGCAAAUAGAAACGGCGGAUGGAACUGGAACAGAACAAGAACACCAUCACGAAUUUUGGGACCCAGGCGGAGAACUCGUCAUGCGAGAUAAGAUGGAGGAGGGGGAAGGAGGAGCUAGAGCUUCGUAUGGAGGUGAAGAAACAAAAAGCGCUUCAACUUCUACACCCGCAAGUGGAAAUGAGCGACCUGCUGCCUCUACCGUAUCGGUAACCGCGGGCCGCGAGCCUCGAAACAAUGUUCAUGUUGGAGGUCCUGCUUAUGUGGAAUAUAAUGACGGCACGGCUAAGCAAGUUGAAGUUCUUCGAGACGACGCCAAUUCUGUUUCAACAUCGAGAUCAAGUUCAAGACCAGGAGUGGCCCCUCCACGACCGCGAGCAACUACAUCAUCCUCGCAUGAAAACAGACCCGAGCGUGAAUCUGAGGAGGUCCGGGCGAAAAGGAGCAAAAGCAGGGACGACAAGAACGAUGGAAAGGACAGACACCGGCCCACCGCUAUGGAGCAAGCGGACCCGGCCCACUCCAUGCAUCACGACAAGGUACGGAACUUUCAAACUAUGGUCAAGUCCCCCCGCGAGCGGGCAGGCUUUUAUCUGAAUCAGGCACGAAAACCCAUGACUGUGGCGAUCGAUGAGGUGCACGAUUCCUGGUUGGAUUCAGUUCUCGAGGCGGAGGAGCUGCAUGCCUGGCAGUACGGCGCGCCCAGUAGUUUCAUGCAGCAGGUCACAGAACAAGAGGAGCAGGCAGAUAGAGCAGCGACAGAGAGAAGUACUAGAGGCACAAAGAACCACAUAAGUCGAGCUGGGUUUCGCAGGCGGGGUGAUGAUGCAAAAGCCAGCGAUAAAAAUAUUAAGGACGAGGAGGACCAAGAACGGGUGAUCCGAAUCAAGAGCUAUGAAUACGACUUAGAUGCGUACCCGAUGAGCCCCAUGGUGCCUCCUUAUCUCUGCAUCGAGCCGAAGGCCAAGGCCCCGUGCGCAGCUCGGUUCAAGAUGACAGAAUUCAAAGAGCCCGAUCACGGAGCGCCUCCCCCCAGGAUCCUCACGCCUGACCCCGAAUCCUUGGACAUUGGGGGCCAGAACGUUAAAUCGACGUUGAGUGUUUACACUAUCACAAUCGAGGCGUGGCUGCGGGAUUCGGACCGCUCCAAUAACGUGUUUGAAACGGUGAAGCGGCCGGCGACGAAUGUCGCCGAUACAGUGAAGGCAAUCUCAUCCAGUCUCUCCAGUAUGAUGCCGUCGUUUGCGACGGACCCUGACCACGACAAGAUUGCGCAAGAAAACUUCAAAGUAGCUUACAAAAACCGCGGACGCUUUCUGUUGUCCAUGCCCCAGUUUUUGGCUUUGGUGCAGAGGGGCC